AUGUCGAUUCUAAACAGACUCGUCAGUCAGAUUGCCAUGUCGAUUCUUAACAGACUCGUCAGUCAGACUUCCAUGUCGAUUCUAAACAGACUCGUCAGUCAGAUUGCCAUGUCGAUUCUAAACAGACUCGUCAGUCAGAUUGCCAUGUCGAUUCUAAACAGACUCUUCAGUCAGACUUCCAUGUCGAUUCUAAACAGACUCGUCAGUCAGAUUGCCAUGUCGAUUCUAAACAGACUCGUCAGUCAGACUGCCAUGUCGAUUCCAAACAGACCCGUUGGUCAUAUUGACUGCAAUGUCGAUUCUAAACAGACUUCUCGACACUAUGUUGCAUCGUUCCUCUCGCCUAUCCACGCUCGACGCGUUUACCCAUGCUUCGACGAGCCCGCCUUCAAAGCUAACUUCUCCAUCAGUAUCAUCCAUCCCGUCGGCUACAGCGCCUUCUCCAACAUGGACGUCGUCGACCAGCAGACGAUUCCGGCGAGGACGCCCGACGGCGAGGUGUGGGAGACGACCUCGUUCAGGACCACGCCAGUGAUGUCGACCUACCUUGUUGCGUUCGUCGUCUGCAAAUUCCACAGCAAGACGAGAGUGGUCAGAGAUGGAGUUGAGUUCCGAGUUUGGGCAAGAGAAGACGUAAUUGACCAGGCGUAUUUCGCGCUUGACAUUGGAGUCAGGCUUUUCAACAUUCUAGAAGAUUUCAGCGGCUUCGAUUAUCCAUUGCCCAAAUUAGAUAUGGUAGCCUUGCCUCAGCUUGCGGUUGCCGGCAUGGAGAACUGGGGUCUCGUGACCUACCGCGAAGAAUACAUGCUCUAUGACGAAAGAGAGACACCAACAGAAACCCUUCAGGAGAACACUUUCAUAAUCGCCCAUGAACUCGGUCAUCAGUGGUAUAGCAACCUGGUAACGCAGGUGUACUGGGACGAGCUCUGGCUGAAGGAAUGCUUCGCUACAGUCAUGGGAAAGAUUGCCCUCGAACACCUCUUCCCAGACUGGGCCAUGUGGGAUGAGCAGUUCGUGGUAAAGGAAUUACAGAUGGUAAUGAAGCUGGAUUCCUUAGUGACGUCACACCCUAUCCAGCAGCCGGUCACCAGGGUGGGUGACAUCAUGGACAACUUUGACAUGAUCAGUUACCAGAAGAGCCCUGCUAUUCUCCGUAUGCUUGAACACAGCAUUAGAUACGAAACCUUUAAGGAGGGCUUAGAGGUAUUUCUUCGCAACAAACAGUAUGGCAACGCAGAUGCAUGGGAUAUUUGGCGAGCGAUUACAUCGGUAAGUAUUAAUGUCCUGUGGAUCCCCCUUCCUUUUAUCCACAUACAGCCUGAUAAAAAGUUUGCAAAUACACAGGCUCUGAGAAGAAGUGAGCCCUUAAAAUGUACCUUCGUCAUUAUCCAGGUGACUAAGGCUCACGGACAGUACCGGGACAUCAGCGAUCUGAUGGCCCCAUGGUUAGGUCAGAUGGGCUAUCCCGUAGUGACCGUGUCACGUGACUGUGGGCAAGACAUGGUGUGUCUUCAUCAGGAGCACUUCCUGUUGGACAAGGGCAAGGCAGAAGUGGAUGAAUCCCAGUACAAAUAUAUUUGGCCUAUUCCAGUGACGUUUUCAUCUGCUGCUAGUAAUGAUAUCGUUUCACCAUACACGUACUGGCUAAACACUAGAUCAGGAGCGUUUGCAAUCCCAAAUGUCCAAAACGACCAGUGGAUACUGGUGAAUGUCAACAGGACCGGUUUCUAUCGGACCAAUUACAACACCCACAACUGGCGCCUUCUAUCCCGACAACUUAUGGAAGACCACACAAUCAUCUCACCCGCCAGUCGCGCCGCACUGAUCGACGACGUUUUCAGCUUCGCCACCGAAGGUCGUCUCAACCUCUCCAUCGCUCUCGACCUCACCAGAUACCUGGAGCGCGAGACCGACUACGUCCCUUGGAAAGGCGCAAUAGUCACAUUCGAGUACAUCGAUCGCAUGCUGAGAACGACGCCCGUGUACGGUAUCUUCAAGGAGUACAUUCUGCAUCAGGCUAGAACUGUAUAUGACUACGUGGGAUGGAACAAUACUGGGCCGCAUCAAGAAAAGUUAUUACGUGUGGUGAUUCUCCAGCAAAUGUGCGCAUAUGGACACGAAAGCUGCAUUGCAAAAACGAAAGAAUUGUUCCAAAACUUUUCAAACGGCCACGCGAUUCCACCCGAUUACCGGAGCUUUGCCUACAGCACACGGGUAGCCUCUGGGGGAGCAGACGUAUGGGAAUCGACCUGGGAUUCCUACAAGCAAAGCUCACCAGGCGAAGCAAAACACUGGUUGGCGGCGCUCACGGCCACAGGGGAACCAUGGUUGAUCAACAGGCUUUUAUCCCGUACUCUUGAUCCUGAGCAACUUUCUCUGACAGAUACGGUUAGCGUAUUCCAGUAUGUGUCAGGGAACCCCAUUGGAGGAUACUUGGCAUGGAACUUCUUCAGGGACCAAUGGGAUUUGUUGAAAGAUAGAUAUGGAUCUGGUUUGUUUCUAAUGGGCGACAUUAUUACAGCUGUGACUGAAUGGUUUAAUACCCAAUACCAACUUGAAGAGCUGGAGACAUUUAUUUCGAGCAAAAAAGAGGACCUGGAUAACUUAUCUGGCGUCAGCAACUUCCUACAAGCCGUUGACAACACAAAGGCCAAUAUCCGUUGGAUGGAAAACAACUACGGGCAGCUGGAAGUAUGGCUAGAGUAUUGGAAAACACAGAAGUCUUGAACAACGACGCUCAGGAUUAUUCUUUCUGUAGGAUAUUUUGAGUGAUGCAAUUUAGGACGCGACUAAAGGAAGCUUUAAAUGCUUUUCAAAGCCACUGGAUGUAGCAAUGCUUCUACUGUUGACUUUGGUUGGUGUUCAGAAGAAAUCAGGAAAGUAUUUGAAAGUUGAAAGUGAAGGAAAAGUUGGAAGGGUUGCAAAACUUUCUGAAACAGACAAUCGAAAACCAGGAACAUAAAAGAGGCAUGAUGACUAAAGCAUGAUGACUAAGGCAUGGGUGAAUUGAGACAUUUCUUGGUGGAAAUGCUCAUUUUGAAUCGAACUGAAUGCCUCAAGAAAACUGGUAUUUCAAAGGCCGAAGACAAAGGGACAUUCAAUUGGUUAAUCGGGUAAACAGGAAGAGUCCAGCGAAUGAUUGCUUGACAUCUUUGAAAAUGCUGAACUUAUGCGUGCAAGAAGAAUGAGAAAUGUGUACUUUGUAUAUAACUAAAUGCAUAGAAAUUAUAAAGUUAUGUGUAUUAUCCCUCUGUAAAUGAGGUGCAGGAAGCAUUAUUAUCAAAGGGACCUGGAAACUAGCAAGGGCAUUUUUUUUUCUUUUGCUCAACAAAAUGUUUUGAUAACAGAUUGUUACUGUAAGUUGAGUGAAGAUCUCCUAUGUGUAGUUGUCUUUUGGCUUCUGUUUUUGUUUUCCUUGUAUAAACAUAACACUCAUGAGGCUAGGUUAUCAAGCACAGCCUUAGGGUGGCACUUCAUUCAAUCUUCGACAAAACUUAUCUACAGGUUCCUGUAUAUAAUAUUUGUACAUGUAUGUUUGCAUAGAGGCCUCUAGCAUCAAGAUUCGAAAGUUGCUUUUAAUAGAGAGCUAUGAACGAUAUUUGACUUCAUGAUUUCAUCAGUGAAUGUUCAAGGUCAUCACCAUGGGAAGAGACAGAGAGGGAGAGAAGUGGAUAAGCAAGUGGAUGAGCAAGAUGAUGAUAAAGAUAACUAACACGGAAAACAUGAAGAAACUGAUCAAGCUACAAGAGGAGAAAGACAAAGAAAGAGGAGAGGCUUUGAGAACUUACAAAAACAAAGGGAAGUUGAAAUCUGCUACAUGACAUACACUGUAUGAGGAGAAUAGAUACAUUGGACUGCACAGAAUGAGGAAAAGAACAGUGUUAGAGAGGAAAUAUAAUGUACUUCCUUGGUCAUUGUAUAGUUGUACAGUUG